AUGGAAGCAGAAGUGUUGAACCCCCAGAUGAUGGCAGACGUCAAUGGCAACAAUAAAAUCACCAACGCGGAGCUGGAGGUGUUAAAGCUUCAGGAACUGGUCCGAAAAUUAGAGAAGCAAAACGAACAAUUGCGGACCAGAGCGAACGCUGUAAACAAUUGCUCCAUCGGCCCUCAUCUCCCGACCUCGUUGUCGUGUCUGCACGGGGCUGCAGCGUGUCCGAGUGACAAUUUCUCCAGCAAAUACGGCAUUUCGAGUCCGACACAGUCGCGUCCGUGUGCCCCCGGACCCCGGAGUUCAGCGGAGGAGCCGUUCGCCUAUUUUCAGCCGAGCUCGGUGUCUCCCGAUGCCGCGGGGGAGGACGGCGGCGCCGCUGGAGCCACAACUGUUUUGGAUGAGGUUGAUAUUUUGGACCUCAACGCCGUGCUCCCUGUCGGAGAGCCCGAUAGCUGGCUGUAUGUGAGUCCCAAAGCCAAGCUGCAGGGUGAGAGUUUCCUCAGUCCUCUCCAGUGGUGCAGGCAGGUACUGGACCACCCGGGGCCUGAGGUGGAGCUGGCUAAGAUGACCCUCUGUCACAGACUGGACCAAGCUAAGCGGUGGCGAGGAGUCUCCCCCGUCCGUCCGUACAGCUGCAUAGAUGGGCUCUCCACCCUCAGCUGCCCCGUCCUGCCUUACACUAAAUCUGCUGCACUAACCGAGUCCCCAGCCCCACCGCCGUCAUCUGGUCAGUCUUUUCUCCAGCCGAGUCUCCCACUCAGGGCCAGCUGCAGCCUCAGUGACAGAGCGCCCACCUUCCUAUCAAACUCCACGCUCCACAACGUGGGUCGCCGGCAUGCAGCCGUCAGUCCACAGUCUUCCCUGGACAGCGAGGUGGGUGUGUCAGAACUGGAGGAUGACACCAUCUCUAUGAGCUACAAACUGCAGGACAUGACAGAUGUGGAGGUCAUGGCACGACUUCAGGAGGAGAGUCUCCGACAGGACUAUGCCUCUACCUCAGCCUCAGCCACAGCCACAGCCAGCCGUCGCAGCUCCAGCUUCUCCUUACACUCCCUGAGGCGCAGUGAGAUGGAUCUGGAGGAGGAGGACGAGGAGGAGGACGAGGGGUACGACCAGCUCCCUCCUCCCCAGCCUCGACUGUUCCGCACAGGGUCUAUGCAGAGGGGCAGCCUGCCCCACUCCCACACCUUUUCCAGUAUCAGAGACUGCAGACGCAGCUCGACCACCCCUCACUUUUCACUCAGUGGACUCUCCCAGUACUCUGGACCCUCCAGCCUGACCACAGAAACACACACAGCGUACAGGAAUAGCACAGACAAGCUACGGAGAAGCAUGCCCAACCUGAUCCGAGCUCCCAGCAUGCCCAGUGUACCCAGUAUUCCAUGCCUGGCUUCCCCCGUCAACCCACCCUCCCACGGCCCCUCCUCCUUGCCAAUGAUCUCCUCCCUCCGGAGCAGCCAAAGCUUUGACUCAUCCAGUGGGCUCACAAGACUCCAGUCAUCCAUUCCUUCCCCGGGCCAGCUCAGUCAGCGAGUCCAGAGUGUGGCGAACUUCCCCACCACUCCCCGACACCCUCUAAAAGCCACCGCCUACGUAAGCCCCACGGUGCAGCAGGGCCCCACCUCCACCUCUCUGCCCACCUCUGCCAGUCUUCACUCCAUCCCGAGCAGCGUCACACUGCCUCAGCCCCUAAAACCCAGCAGCAGUUUGGUACCACAGCCACUAAAAGCCAUUGCUAACCAGCCGGCUGUCCCCCGCAGCUCCCUUCCUCGCCCAGCCUCCUUUGUAGGAACAAGUGGAGUUCCACGUGCAAGCAAAAUCACCCCACCCACACGCAGUUUGCUGACUCCCCCAAAGAGCCUGGCUGCCCUGAGUGCCCUGAGGGAUGGCAGCUGGAAAGAUGGCUGCUACUGA